UUCAACACUGACAGAGGAGGCAACGAUGCUGCGAGGUCCUGGUACACCUGAGCCACAUUUUACCGUGGCUGCUUUUUGCACAGACCUCUGCGGAUUUGCCCAUGUGCAAAGAGUCAGACUAUCACUUUGAGUACACAGAGUGUGACGUACUCGGGUCACGAUGGAGAGUGGCGGUUCCCAACAAAGCCGACACGUGCACAGGUCUACCUGAUCCAGUCAAAGGCACUCAGUGCACCUUCUCCUGUAGUGAGGGCGAGUUCCUCGACAUGCAGUCGCAGCAGUGCCAGAAGUGUGCUGCAGGCACCUAUUCUCUGGGCACCAGUGUGGCCUUUGAUGAGUGGGACAGCCUACCGACAAGUUUUGUCACACACGGGGUGACGACAAACGGUGGGGAUGGCCACACAGACUGCUCCAACUCAACCUGGACACCAAAGGACGACUACAUAGCAUCAAACACAGAUGAGUGCACCGCAGUGCUGUCCUAUGCUGUGAGUCUGAAGCAACCUGGAACUGUGUCCUUUGAGUAUUUCUACCCUGACAACAGUAUCUACUUUGAGUUCUUUGUUCAGAACGACCAGUGUCAGUCCACAGACUCUGAAAGCCGGUGGAUGAAGACCUCAGAGAACAACUGGAGUAAAUACAGGGUUGACCUGAACAAUGGCAAUAAUGUGCUGUACUGGAGAACCACUGGGUACACUCUGCAGGGCAGUGUUGUCAAACCUGUGCUGCUGAGAAACAUCGCCAUUUCAGGGGUGGCCUACACAUCAGAGUGUUUCCACUGUAAGCCUGGCACCCAUAGUGCAAAACCAGGAUCCGCCCGCUGUGCCCCCUGCCCUGCUGAUACCUACUCCACCAAGGGUGCCACUGUUUGCCAUCAGUGUGAACUCGACAAAUAUGCAGAGGCUGGUUCAGGGAGCUGCAAACCAAGACCUGCGUGUACAAACAGUGACUACUUCUACACACACACUCCCUGUGACUCUGAGGGAAAGACUCGGCUCAUGUACAAGUGGAUUGAACCUAAGAUCUGCAACGAGACCAUUGAAGGAGCGGUGAGUCUUCCUGCAUCGGGGGAGAAGCAAACCUGUCCACCAUGUAACCCGGGUUUCUUUGUCACCAACUCCUCCACCUGUGAACCCUGCACCCACGGUUUCUACUCAAAUGGAACAGCCUGUGCUGAGUGCCCUGUUGGCACGGAGCCGGUGAUGGGCUUCGAGUACAAAUGGUGGAACACGAUGCCAAGUAACAUGAAGAGCUCCAUCUACAGACGAGAGUUCAGCAACUCUGACCACAGCACAGCAUGGGAAGUGGCUGGAGAGUACGUCUACACUACCCCUGGGGAUCAGGACACAGACUAUAUGAUGCUGGUGCUCACUGUCUCUGGAUACAGGCUGCCUCAGUCAAUGGCCAAAGACAGCGAGAGGAGUGAACUAUCUCGCAUCACCUUUGUUUUUGAGACCACGUGUACAGCUGACUGCAAAUUUUACUUCCUAGCUGGUUAUAAUGAGUGGAAUAAUGAUGUGGUGGAGCAGUGGAAAGGCAGCGCCAAGAAACAGUCCUACGCCUACCUGAUCCAGAGCAACAGUACCGUCACCUUCACAUGGACAUUUAAACGAACAGACGAAUUUAACAUGGAGAGGAAGUACAGCGGCGACGUUGCAAAGAUCUACUCCAUCCACAUCACCAAUGUGAUCGGAGGUGUAGCCUCACAGUGUCGCCGCUGUGCCCUGAGCUCUGCUAACUCCGCCUGUGUUCCCUGUCCGCCGGGACACUACAUGGUCAGUGGGACGGGAGUGUGUAGGAGAUGCUCGGUGAACACUUUCAUCAGGGCUGACCAGCCUGUAGGAGAAGCCGCCUGUGUUCAGUGUGGUCCCAACACACGGACCAACAAAGCUUAUUCAGCUUGUCUCAGUGAUUGUACGCUGGAUGUGCAGACAAGAGGAGGAGCACCACUGCACUACGACUUCUCUCCUCUGUCCAACGUCACCAGCUUCCACAGCAGUCCCCGCUUCACCACCAAAGGCCUGAGAUAUUUCCAUCACUUCAACGUGGGUCUGUGUGGGAAAGAGGGCCGUGUGCCAGCGACCUGUGUGGACAACGUAACAGAGAGUGGGAGAGAGGUCAAAGGUUACGUCUGCCAGUCCACUGUGGUUCCCUCUGAAAUCAGGAGUCAGAGCGUGGUGUCCUCCCAGCCUUUUCUUAUCGGUGACUCACUCGUCGGUGUGACCACUGACACUGCGCUGAGUGGCAUCUCUUCUCCAAAAUGGUUGUUCCCCUCUGAGUCCAGCCUGCCAGAUGUCGUAUUCUACUACAAGUCCAGUGAGACGACUCAGGCUUGUAAACGAGGCAGGUCAGCCACCAUUAGACUGAGAUGCAAUCCCACAGUGACUGCUAAAGACCACAUCACACUGCCGAGUAACUGUUCAGAGGGGACGUGUGAUGGUUGUAGUUUCCACUUUCUGUGGGAGAGCCAGCAUGCGUGUCCGCUUUGCACCAAAAACCACUACAGAGAGAUCGUCAGUGCUUGUAUCCAGGGAAUACAGAAAACCACCUACGUGUGGCAGCAGCCGUUACAGUGUUACGGAGGAGAGUCCCUACCAGCACAAAAAGUCAGCGCUUGUGUGACUCUGGAUUUCUGGCUCAAGUUUGGGGUUUCCACGGGAACGAUUGCUGCUGUGCUGCUCAUCAGUAUCAGCUGCUAUUUCUGGAAGAAGACACGCAAACUGCAGUAUAAAUACUCCAAGCUGAUGAUGAGCUCUGGGGGUAAAGAGUGUGAGCUGCCCACUGCAGACAGCUGUGCAAUAAUGGAGGGAGAGGACGCUGAGGACGACCUGAUGGACCUCACCAAGAAACCUUUCUUCACCAAAAUUAAGUCCUUCUCACGAGAGAGGACGUCUGAUGGAUUUGACUCGGUUCCACUUAAGUCGUCAUCUUUACUCCACCAACGAGAUGAGGAAGACUCAGACGAUGCUUAAAUCAGAGGAUGAACAGGUAUUUCUACCAAAGUGUGGAGGAAGUGUUGGAUUUUCGAUGGUUUGACGUCAGUGCAGCUGCAACAGAUGUCUUUGUGGACUCAUAGAAAACAGAGGACUGUGAGUGCAUUUUAUUUAUUACAAAAGACAUGGGCUUACUGAGGGAGUUUUAACAUAAUGUAAAGAAUAGCAGUUUUAUUUAGUAUUAUUUGUCAUAUGUUAGGUUUCCAAAUUUAAUAUUGAAAUACAAAAUCUCCAUAUUGGGGAUAUUCUGUAUUUUCAAAGACCAUUGUGUAUUUCAAAAUGAUCUAAGACCCAAACUGUGGAUGAACUUACACUUUUUGAGACUGUGUACAUUAUACAUAACUGUUACUGUGUAGGCUAUUUUAUUUUUUUCUCUUUUUUGUCUUUAUUUUUUUGUUUCAUUAUAUCAGACAUUCAGUUUAGUCUUUUAACUUUUAUUUGGCAAUAUGUGAAUUGUAUUUGGCUUUUGAUAACCUUUUCUGCUAGACCUAUGUUUAUAUUAUCAUUUUGUUUUACUGUGAAGUAAAGACAUUUUCUACACUGAAAAAGCAACAAAUGUGUAUCUCUAGGAAUUAAGAAUGACCUUUAAUGCUGCCUUCAGAUGCUCCUUGUAAGAUCAUAUUGCAGAGCAUGAAAAAACUAUAUCACUUCACAUUAUGUAAUUAUACAAUACGUUUAUGAUAAUACUUCAUAUGUUUAUAUCUGUUUUCAUGUGCUUUUGAUUGAAACAAAUGCUUAUAUAUCAAAAGUAAUUUUUUGGUUGUUGGUUUAAUUAAAAUAAAAUACAAACUGUGGAAAUUUUAACUAAAAAACAACAUAUUCAUUGAAAAAAAAAAAAAAUCAUUAUACAUGACCUGAUACUGAAGUCAGAUGGGUGGGAAACAGAAGCAGAUUGUGGAGGCUGCAGAUUGUGGUGCUGUUGGAUUGUAUAGCAUUAUAGGUGAUUCUGAUAAUAUCAAUAAGGAUAAGCUCUCUGCAUGGUGCAAUACAGUUCAACAGCACUACAAACUGCAGCCUCCAGAAUGAUCAUAAAGCAUUAUUAUCCUAAUGAGGAGAGGAUUUUUUUUUUGCAGGACUUGUUUAAGUGCAUUAGUUUUAACUGGGUGUACCUAAUAUACUGACAACUGGGUAUAAAUGUAGAGGAGUAAAAACUACAAGAUUUGUCUCAGAAUAGUAGAGAAGUAGAAUUAUAAAGCAGAAUAAAAUGUAAAUACUCAAGUAUCUCAAAUUGUACCUAAGUACAGUGCUUGAUUAAAUCUUUUUAGUUACUUUC